ACAAAAUAUUUUGUAACAACCAUAUCCGGGAAGAUUAUAAUGGAACUUUAAAAUGAAUAACGGUAUUCCACAAUGAGUAACAUAAACAACAUGGAUUGGACAAUUAUUAAUGAAACUGAAAUGAUGGAACACAGUAUAUCAGAUGGAACACAGAGCCGGUUCCACGAAAACAUAACUCAGCCGCUAACCUUUGUUCCAUACCACCCGCUGACAUCAUUUAUAGAACAAUAUACAAUCCCUGUUAUAUCUAUCUUUGGACUUAUUACCAACACGCUGUCAUCAAUUGUGUUUUUACGGAAACCUCUCAGAGACAGCUCUUGUAGUAUUUUUCUCGCAGCAAGAGGUUUCACAGACAAUGGAUUCUUAUCAACAUUAUUGAUAGUGUGGAUAUCACAAACUUUCAAUCUCCAAUUAGGAUCUUUAAGUGGAUCAUGUAAAGUUAUAAUUUUUCUAAGCUACAUUUGCGGUUUUAUUUCUGUGUGGUUGGUUGUAUUUAUAACAUUCGAAAAUUACAUAAGAAUUUGCAAGCCGUUUGUUGUAAAGAGGUUUUGUACAACUGCCUUGGCAAAGGCUGUUGUAGUAGUACUUUGUCUUAUUUCGGUAUGCAUAUAUAAUUUUCCGUUCUGGGCCAUGAGUAAAGAUAAUUGCUUAUACCUUCCGCGCCAUCGGUACUCUGUGCAAGCGCUUAUUUACACUGACACUGUUAUAACACUUGCGUUACCCAUUUGUUGCAUAAUAUACCUGAUGACUGCAAUCGUUUGUAACCUUAUAAAAUCAUUUCGUGUACGAAAUCUUAGGCGAGGUAAUGGAGCAAAGACUGAAAAUCCGCUUGCAAAGGUAACAAAAAUGCUGUUUGCGGUGACUGUAACAUUCUUUUGUUUAAAUCUGCCUUCACAUAUCUACAGAUAUGUUCAGAUGAUCUCCUCAUUUGUAGACGACAGUAAGCAACCACACAGGCAUUCAAUACAAGAAGAGGCUAUUCACCAAACAACACUGCUGUUGUCAUAUAUAUCGAUUUCAACCAAUAUUAUAGUAUACAUUAUAUUCGGGAGUAAAUUCAGGGCAGAACUCUUACACAUGUGCCAUUUAUGCCAGAAUACAUCAGCACAAGAAAAUAUUCAUCAAGUUCGGGCACAGUUAGUUGUUGGAACAAAACGAAGAAGCUUUUCGAGGAUUGAAAAUACUCAAGCAAAUACAUCAUUGACAGUAUUGUUAACAGACAAUGAAUGGGCUUCGGAACUAGUUCCUCUUCAAAGAGCCUACACAAAGUAAUCAAUCGAGUGUGCAAAUUUAUAAUGAGUAUAAAUUCAUAGCUACUGUUGAAGGAACGUUAUGUGCUCGUCCAUAUGGUCUCUUUCGGUGGCGAUACCAAAACAUACAAAAGUAGGUGGAUUCGUAACAAACUUGUAAGUUGAUAAUAAGUAUAAAUUAAUAACAACUGUUAAAAGAAAGCGGAUUUCAGAACAAUAUUACAUGGAUUUCGCAAGCUGAUCAUAAGUAUAAACCCAUAGCAACGGUACAAAAGUGUAUUAAUAACAAUUUUAUGGAUUUAGCAUGUAGCUUUUUAUAGAUACUGUUAAAAGAAAAUGAAUUUCUAAACAAUAUUGCAUGGUGUUUGCACAUUGAUGAUGAGAAUAAAUAAGUGUUCAAAUAAAGUGACUUUGAAAUCAAAACGUGAGACAUUACACAGCUUAAGAACAAUACUUUUUAAAUUUAUGAAAAUUGAGUGUUUAAACAAUAAUGUUAUUUACCUAUGACCCAGAGGUUUACAAUGCAUUGCAAUCUGAUAUGUGGUUUUAACAAACUAAAUUUGUUUUGUACGAGAGAUGUUCGAAAUGUAUUGCUUAUUUCUAUCUGGA